CAGGCUGCAGGCAGGAGGAACAAAGAAAGCCGCCGCUGCGCGUGAAACGUCCUUUCACUUCGUCAACACGGACAAUUAUUGGCUUCGUCGAAGCAGGUUUUGCUUUUCUUUAAGCACUUUCUGCUAACUGUCCAGUGCCACAACACGUCUUAAACCCGGCUGACUGGUUUUGCUGAGGAAAGAGGAAACUUGGCGUCGUGAGCGCUUUGUCGGCUCGCCUUUCUAGAGACCGUCUUGCUUUGGAUACGCUGGUCGGAAGGUAACGCACGGAUAUAACCAGAGCUUGAUAGUGUGAGCUGUGACCUGUCCACUUGGCAGAGAUGCACUUUUCUCAAGACGCCGGCACUCACAUGGAUUAAGAGGAGUGUGGUUCCCCCUGGUCCAACAGCACCCUUCCACCCAGGACCCACUGUGUUACCAUUGCGCCCAUGAGGUAACGUCAGGACUUACCGCCCCCUCAUUACCACCCUUGGUCCAUCCAUUUCCCUCCCCUCUGUCCCUUCCUCCCUUGGACCCACCCACCCAACCAUGGGCCAGAAGAUCUCUGGCAGUAUCAAAUCAGUGGAUGUACGCGGGGAACCCUCAUAUCGGCCGGUACGCCGCGAACUGCGGGGUCCGGAUUUCUGUCGGCCCCCCCGGCUGGAUUUGCUGCUGGACAUGCCGUCGGCCGGCCCUGAGGUCCAGCUUCGCCACGCGUGGAACCCGGACGACCGGUCACUCAAUGUCUUUGUUAAGGAGGACGACAAGCUAACAUUUCACCGACAUCCAGUGGCACAGAGCACAGACUGUAUCCGUGGGAAGGUGGGCUACACCAGGGGCCUCCACGUUUGGAGGAUUCACUGGCCGGCCAGACAGAGAGGGACGCACGCUGUCGUCGGCGUGGCCACAGCUGAAGCAUCUUUACACUCAGUGGGCUACACGGCCCUGGUGGGCUCAGACUCUGAGUCCUGGGGCUGGGACCUGGGUCGGAACAGAAUCUACCAUGAUGGGAAGAACCGGCCCGCUUCCACGUCGGCACCCACAUACCCCUGUUUCCUGGAGCCAGAUGAGUCAUUUGUGCUCCCAGACUCUCUGACAGUAAUACUAGACAUGGACGAAGGCACGCUGAGCUUCAUGGUAGACGGACAGUACCUGGGAGUAGCUUUUAGGGGACUAAAAGGCAAGAGACUGUAUCCCAUCGUCAGUGCUGUGUGGGGGCACUGUGAAGUGUCUAUUCGCUACGUCAAUGGACUAGAUCCGGAGCCCCUCCCCCUCAUGGACCUGUGCAGACGAGUAGCUCGACUGGCUCUGGGAAGAGAGCGCAUCCAUCACAUCGACACACUCCCCCUGCCACAGACUCUCAAGAACUACCUCCAGUACCAGUGACCCCCCCCACACACACACACGCACACACACAUAGAUGGGAAGAAGUUGAGGUCUACUUGUUCUUAUGGUAACCAGCGUCCAAACUGAGGAUGUAGAUGAUGACACUGACUACGAGGAGGUGGUGAAGACGGCGCUACGAGGGGGUUUCGUUUACAACAGUCGGGUUUUUUCCAUUUUGGAUGUUUUUAAUUUUCUGUUUUUGUUUUUUUUUUAUUUCUGUUUGUUGCUGACUUCUGUCUUUGCAAUCCCAUUUCCCGCUGAUCACAUGUAUAAAGGUCAAAGUACACGUCCUCAGUUUGACAGGCCUUACGUGCUGUUGAUGUUGUGGGGCGACAGCGUAGCGCGACAUCUGCUCGGCACAGACUCCGUGGACGCCUCCUCGGAAACAUAUUGGUAUUUAUAUUUAUAUUCCCAACAUCACAGCAGGCUGAGACGCAACAAUCCCUCCAAGCACAGGAGAGAGAGAGGGAGAGACCACACACACUUCUAUUUUUGCUAGUGUGUGCACAGUGCAGCACACACAGAUUACAUGUAUAUGGUGUGUGUGUGUGUGUGUGUGUGUGUGUGUGUGUGUGUGUGUGUGUGUGUGUGUGUGUGUCAGGCGUGUGCAGAAACAAAGCCCUAACUGACUGUAGUCAGAACACAACUCACUGACAAGCAGUCAGUUACCGCCUACAGGCUAAAAAAACACAACAACUCGAGACUGGUUUGAAAUUCUCUCUCUCUUCCUUCCUCUCUGCCUCUUCAUCACUCGCCCCAGCUUGAUUCAAGGCUCCAUCAUGUUUGUCGGUCGGCUCUCUAGCACCUGUAACGCUGAUCGAUCCGAAGUUGAAGUCUGUGUCUUUGACUGUUAAUGUGCCUGCUCGGAGACAGUACACACACACACACAUUAAAAAAAAAAAGCACAUGGCACUUCUGUUAUACCAGAAGACACUUCUUCCCCCCUACCCAAAGUUUUAAAUGCUGCUUUUCUAUCUUUUUCUUCCACCGUCUUGCCCUCGUGGGUUUUUAUCCCCGAUUUCCUUUGAAAAUUAUGGUCUUAUGAUGAGAUUUUUUUUUAAUGUUCUUUUUUUUCCAAUGGAUUUUGAGAUUUGUCUGCGUGACAAAUGUCUCGCAGGCAUAUGUGGAAGAAUGUUCUGCCAUGAGAAUCUUUUAAAUGUGAAUAAGAAUAAACUCAGCUAAACUUG